GCGGGAGCGGAGCGGAAGUGGAGCGGCGGCUGACCGGGAAACGUCCGCGGCGGCGAUUCCGGUGGCGGCGGAGAUGAGUUUCGCGUGGCCGUGGCAGUACAGCUUCCCACCCUUCUUCACGCUGCAGCCCAACGGCGAGACGCGGCAGAAGCAGCUCUCGGCAUGGUGCGCCCUGGCCCUCGCUUACAGCCAGCGGCACCGGCUGCCCGCCAUGACGGUGCGGGAGGCCCAGGACAGCCCCCUCUUCGCCAACCACCGCCUCCAGCGUAUCCUUUGGGCCGGGACCCCCCGCACCCCGCCCGCACCCCCCCCCCGCACCCCGCUCCCUGAGCCCAUCCUUAACUUCCUCCGCACAGGGAAGCUCCCGCUGGAAUCCAUCCAGGUGGUGCUGGAGGAGCUCCGCAAGAACGGGAACCUGGAGUGGUUAGAUAAGAACAAAACCAGUUUUCUGAUCAUGUGGAGGAGACCAGAAGAGUGGGGGAAGCUCAUCUAUCAGUGGGUGGUGAAGAAUGGUUUGACCAACUCCGUGUUCACGCUGUAUGAACUGACCAGUGGUGAUGACACUGAGAAUGAAGAGUUUCAUGGGCUGGAUGAGGCCAUGAUGCUCCGUGCCCUGCAGGCCUUGCAGCAGGAGCACAAGGCUGAAAUUAUCACACUGGACGACGGCCGAGGCGUCAAGUUCUUCUGAAGGAGCCACCUCCCCCCAGCUGCGGUUCUGCUGCGGUUCUGCUGCGGUUCUUUGCUCUCCUGGAUGGAUUCCAACCCUCACUGCCAGCAGCUGCAUACUGGGGAUUUCUUGGGGCAAGGAGAGAACCGGUGAAGCCUUCCAGGGAGACGAUUUCCUAGAGCUGCUCAGAGACCCUGACUGUCUUUUCUCCCUGUUGAUUGUGUUUGAGAGGACAAAGCUGCUCCGGGUGGUUCCAGAAGGACCACCUAGAAGUGAAGUGGUGGGGCUGCUCCUCUUGCUGUUCCCCAUUCCUGGAAAAGCCUUGGAGUCUCUUCAGCUGCUGGAGCCUGACUUCACAGGGCCCCUCGGUGCCUCCUGCCCUGUGCUGGGGCUCUGCAGCCCCCCCUGCACUGCUGGGGGUGGGAUGGGCACUGGGGACUUGCUGUUGGUGUUGGGGACCCCAGUGCAGGGUGAGGUGAGCUCACUGUGAGUGGGGGGGACGCCAAGGAACUUAAUUUGGAGUAACUAAAAUGAAAUGUAUUUAUAGAGCAGCCUGGGUGUUUCAGCCUCUCUGUUUCACCAUCUCAAACCAAGCAGCAGCAAACCCAAUUUGUGCCCUUUGGCCACGUUUCCUCCCUGCACCAGAGGACCCCAGCAGCCCUGGGGCAGGGGACACAGCUGAGCCCCCCAGCAGGAAGCAGGCAGCACACACACACCCUCCAAAGCCCUGAGCUACAGACCAUGAGAGCCCUUGCUGCCUGUCCCCAGGGCAGCAUCCAUGUUCAUUUUCCAUGUGGGUUUGAUGCAGGGCAGGCUCUGUAGGACAGGGGCUGUUAGAGGCCUUGUCUGAGUUUCUCAGACUUUUGGUGCUGAUCUCAAAGUACCAGCUCAUCAGAAACCACCACCCAGGUACAGGCUGUGGCCCAGUAAGUCUCCCAUUGCUCCAGUAGGAGUGAGACAGCAAUGCUGGGGAAGGAUCCCACUCACCUUUCCCACCCUUUGCCUGAGUGCUGGAUCCUCCCUUUGUGUUUGCAGUGGCAAAGUCUGUAGGGUUUGUCCAGUACCUGUGACUGCCCUGGCCUGGUUCUGAUGUCUGAGAUCUGCCUCUCCCUGCCUGCUGUGCCCUCUCCUCUCUUGGCCUUCUGUGUUUCUGUGCCCCACGGCAUCUGCAUUGGGUCUGGAUAAUGAACCUGGCUUGUUUGUGUUGUGAGGCCAACCUCUGAGCUGCCUGUGCUGUGGGUAACCUGGCUGUCCUUGAGUGUGCCUGUGUUCUUAAUUAAAUGUGCUCCCUUCUUAGGA